CAAAAGGAAUAUGUCAGAUGAGAAACAUGCAGCCGAGUCAGAAAAAUGACUGACAAAGGUUUAUACACACCGAAAGAAAUACAUAAUUGGUAGACAGAGACUAAGUAAUUGUACAGGGACAACAUGUCGUCCUUAUUUUGCAGUAUUGCUGACAUGUUCUGUCUCAGAACAGUAUAUACAGGGAACGAGUGAUGUUUGUCAUCCCGUCUCUGAAUCUCAUAAACAUAAUUUUCCAUCGACAUCGAAACGGACCUUUUUAAUUAGUCUGUUCCAAAGAUCUCGUCAUAAUGGAGAGAAAAUCAGCCGACAGUUCUGGAGAUGUAGACAAUGGUGUCAUUGAGAUCAUUCCGAUGGAUGAAUACGACUCGCAGAAGGCCAAGUUACGAUGUUCUACCCAGUGGAUCCUACACAAGGCUUACAAGGAUGGUGUGCCGAAGGAGUUCCAUGAUCCUUUCUACACCACGCCUGAGGGGUCGAUACAUGUGAAGCCCCGCCUUGCCAACCUUAUGAUGACCAGUGAGCUGUACUGCCAAGCGUGUUCCAACAUGUUUGGGGAGUCUACCUCGCAGUGGAAAGGCCAUUGGAGUAUCAUACAAGUACUGAGCAGGAAAGGAAUCUAUGUGGGAGAGAAUGAUGACACUGAAGUCACAGAAACAAUCCUGAUGAAAAAUGCACCAUUCCAGACGAACGCCCAUGUGUCCCUAAUAGAUGCACUGAUGAUGGCGUACAUCAGUGAAGUCGUCAGCAUAGAGCGGAUUGUACAGACUGUCAGGAAAUUUGCAACUUUCAAUGCCUCCAGUGAGCUUCCCAAUGAUGUUUAUGAUGCCCUGGUGUUUUGGACCAACAAGAUUUGUGUGACAGUACAACUUAUCCUUGACAAAAAGGUCAAAGAUCAGGCUGACCAGAUCAUCCAGGGCGAGUCCCAACAGAGGGUGCGAAUUGUGAGUAAGUCGACGCCACGAGAGCCUGUGACAGUUCCGGUGAUGGAGGAUUUCCUGAGUGACGUGGGGGACGGCUGUUCUUUGGCCACACUCCUCAGCUUCUACUGUCCUACUGCCCUAAAGUUUGAUGAUAUCUGUUUGAAGUCCAGCUUAGGGAUAGCUGAUUCUCUAUACAAUUUACAACUGGUGAAGAACUUCUGUGAUAACUACAUCCCGGGCCGGUGCUUCCUGCUCGCCUAUGAGGACCUCCUGUACACGAGUGACCGUCUCAGACAGAACCUGUAUGUGAUGCUGGCUGAGCUGUUCUACUGGCUGGAAGUACAAAAACUGGACUGUGUGACGGAAUGUCCAGGCGACUCCCUCAGGGGGGAAGUUCCGAGACCUGCCACAGCAAAAUUGUUAAGUAGUGCCGGGAUAUCUAACCUGCCCAUCAGUAACGUCACAAAACAGAGCUUCCAGCGAUCACCCUCAGAGGAAAUGGGAGUAGGAAUACCAUCACCGGGGAUGGGGGCUGCUGUGCCACCACGACAACCACUGCUUCACAAACGACUUCAACAGCAGCCUCAUUAUGGCAGCGGCCCGAUAGAAACUGACCCCACACAUGAUGCCCAGUCAAAACAUGAGCAAAAGCAAGCUCGACGUUCCCUGUCACUGAGUGGACAGGAGGAGAGAGAUACCAUCCGUCAGUCUGUCUUAGCCUGGCAGGACACCCAGAAACCAAAUAGUCUGGCCGGUGACCAUGUGCGUCAGAGCCAGCUAAGCACAGGAAGCAGCAAUCUCCUGGCCAAUGUCAGCAUAGACAGUGAUCUCAACGACAGUUUUUCUGAUGACCGCUUAAGUAUGGACCUUGGUGACCUCAGUGAGAGUAACACACCCCCUCCAACAUUGUCUCAGCAUCAUGGCAUGUCUUCUGCAGCAUCAAAUCUACGAAAUCCCCAACAUCCCGAAUACAUGGAGCUUCAGAGUGUAACAUCCGGAGCCACUACACUCCGGGCAUCUCAGUCAGAGGAGGUGAAUGUCUCGCAAAAUGUGUUAAAGUCUACUGAAUCAGAGGGUAGAGUAAACCAAUCUGGCUCUGUCAAUCGUACAAGUUAUGAGCCUUUACUUCCAGCAAAAUUACGACCGGCUAAGGAGAAAUCUAAUCAUCAAAGUAAGGAAAUGGAGAGAGGUGAUAGAGAACGUAGGAAACCAGGGUCACCACCUAAGGGCAGUGUGCCGAUACGAGGUAGUCUGACAUCCAGCUUUAUAAGUGACAGUAGUGACAGUUCUCUUCGGGAUGUCGUGACCCCAUUGUCUGAAGAUCAAAUAUCUGAUUGUGCUGAUUCUCCUCGUGUGCCACCAUCGACACAACAAAAUUAUGCCGCCUUCACUGUACAGACCGAUUUGUCUCAGUCUGGCCGGCUGUCGGACCGGCCACUAGGAGAUUCAAGGUCAGAGGUCGUGAAAACCAGCUACACAAUAUCUGAUCAAGCAUUCACACCAGAAAUGGCACGAGCAGCCGGAAUACCAGUUGUCAGUGAUAGUAAUAGUAAUAGUAACUCUGUUCUUCAGCGAUGGGGGUCGCGAGAGGGAAGCAUAGCCAGUAGUCGAAGUUCGGGAGAUUAUUCAGAUCACGAAUCGCACAAAAUACAUUGUGAUCAUAAGGAUAGAGAAUCAUCUGAUUCUCGUGUUUCAAAAAAAAUGACGUCGUUGACAAAAUCUUCUUCUGGAACAGAUAAAUUAAUUAUGCAAAACAAACCUUUUGUGAUAAAAACUCAUAUACCUCCUGUGGGGGAUCAAAAACUGAGUAACACCACAAGUUUUGCCGAGAUAAAACGUAUGAAACAGAACAUUGGUCAGGUAGACAAUUCAGGAUUUGUGUAUAUGAUAAAAGGCCAGGAUCCCGUGGAAUCAAGGAAAUCAGCACUCAGUUCCCAGAGAGCAGACAGAAGUAGGCCAGAGAAAAAGACAACAUUUGCUGCUCUGCCAAAUCAAAUGACAUGGCAACAGACAUCACAACACCAGCCUGAACCUUCACCUACUACAAGCGACCACAGUCAUCUGGAGAACGGUGACGCAGUUGGGGCCGGAGCAUCAGACAUGCUCCAUAUUCGUCUAAAACUGGAAGAAAAACGUAAAAUGAUUGAGAGAAAGAAACAUCGUAUGGAAGCACAGCAUCAAAAGAUGCGUCAGAGGAUGGGUAAAACUGCCUUUUUACAAGUUAUUCAAAAGCCAGGCAGUGAUAAACCUGAGGAUGUUGCAAACGGUCGCAUUCCUGAGGUGGAAGGAGUAGGUAAUUACAGUAGUCAUACACUCCCAAGGUCAACAUUUAGUUCAACAAUGGACAGUGGUCGUCCAAGUUCACUUGACCGUGAAACAAGGUCAUUAGACCGUGACAUUCCUGGAACCAGAACAGUACAAAUUGAUCGUCAUGGUCAAGGAGACAGUUCAAGUGAGCGUGGCCAACAGAGGCCCUUCUCACGAGAGGGUAUACAACAGACAAUAGAAAAUGUGCGGAAAAAAUGGUUUAGGGAUGAUGAUGUUCUAAUUCCGUCGUCCUCAGUGUCAGAAAAUGAACAUAUAUAUAUGCCAGUAAGUCAGCCGCGGAGGAUAUCCUCACCAAGUCCCCAUCAUAGGUUGUCUCUAUCAGAGGACAGGAUGUCCCAAAGUCCUCCACAGAGAAUGUCCUUAUCAGAUGACAGGAUGUCCCAAAGUCCUAUACAGAGAAUGUCACUGUCAGAUGGUCCACCACAGAGGAUGUCCGCAAGUCCUCCUCAAAGGAUGAUGGUAUCAGGAAGUCCUCCCCAGAGAGUAGUAGCUUCUGAAAGCCCUCCAUGUCCAUCAGAGACUAGAGGGCCUCAGGAAGGCAGUGCCAAAACGGCAGAUCCCAAACAAUACAAUAAAUCUCUUGACAAGUUAAACCAAAGCCUGUGUGAUCUCCAGGGGGAAAUAAAUCGUCUCAAUCUACAACAAGGUCAACUAAAGUCUGUUAAAAUGAAUGCUGCAGCCUCCGGGUCUGUGCAUGAACGGACACGUGAACGAUCAUCUGCUUCUCCUCAUAGAGAACCAAGUGAACAGACAGGGAUUAAGUCUGAUGCUGAUGUGUCAAGGCAGACACCAGAUAGGCUUGCCCAGGGUAACUCGCAACAUCAGUCAAAAGUUCAGCAUCCAGGAUAUCCGGUGUCAACACUGUCUGGUUCUGAGGCAGCCCUGCCAACACCAGAGAGGCUCGGUAGGAUGGGAGGUGAGCACACCCAGCAUCCAACAUCUCUACAACAGCUACCAGGCUAUCAGCAACCCCAGCAUGGCGGACUACCUAUGGGGGCCUACACCUGCCAGAACCAGUAUGUGAACAUGCCACAAGCUCCUGUGAUCUACUCUGGGUAUCCUGCUCAGCCGACCCAACCCUACCCCCCACAGCAGUUCCCUCCCACACCUCCACAUGGGUAUCCACCCUCUCCAGCCUUUCCACAACAGUACCCUCAUCCACAUAUGGCCCCAGGGUCACAGUUUGGUGUGCCUAACGUGUCGUCCCCUUAUGGCAUUGGUAUGCAGCCCUUCCAGCCUCCCCCGCCCAUAGCCUCUACGUACACUGUGCCCUCCUACCACGGCGGAGUACCUAGCCAUGUUGGGGCCCAGCCGUAUCAUCCAACUUCUGUUGCUAACAUUCCAUCAAACAACAUGGCUGUCUCUGGUCAUGCAGAUGGCCCAGCCUUACCUACUGAUCUUCCCACGUCUUCUGGCGAUUCUAAAAUGAACAUGACAGAAAUGACACAGCGUAAGUCUGAUGAUCAGGAUCAUGUGACUAUGGGUGAUACCAAAUCCCAGGACGAUCACUCAGAUGACAGUGGUAGUGUGAACUCUAUGGGACAAAAUGGUGGGUUCUUUGUGUCGUUUGGGGGCGGGUCGCCUAAGAGAACCAAACCUAUGUUAGGAAAGGAGCGUGUUCGUAAGGACCAGCCGCAUCCUUUAGCCAAUCAGGACAGUGUGCCAUCUAGUCAGGCCUCUUUAGUGCCACCUGGUGGUCAAACUCGUGAUCGUAGGUCAGUUUCACCUCAACAUGCCAAAUGGAACAUUCCGUCAACAUCACCGAACCAGAAUGUGUCGCAGCCUGUGAUCGGUGGGUCAGCCUACGACCAACCUGUAGCCCCAGCUGAGCCACCUGUUGGGUUUGAAAUUGAGGUCGAAAAAGACACACAAGAACAGAUUAAUGAUGAUGAAAUGCAAAAAAGAAAAGACAAAAUCAUUCAGAUGCAGAUCAAACGCAAAGAGGAUCAAGAACGUAAACGUUCCUACAAAGAAAUGGAAAUGGCCCGCAAGAAAGAACAGGAAAGAAUAAAACAGGAGGAGAUAGAGAGGAAGAAACAGGAUGAUAAGGCAAGACGGGAACAGAUCUUUCGCCAGUAUCAGGAGAAGAAACGACAUGAGCAGGAAGAAGGCGACGAGUUUGAACGUCCGGCGCCACGUCGAGAAAAAUCUACGCCCAAACCAAGACCAAAGUCCAUGCAUGUUUCCAAAACAAAUAUAAAAACUGGUUCAGAUGAAGGUUUGCACUCAAAUAGCUCCCAAGAGGAUCUCUCUGCUCAAGCUUACACUAUUAGUCCUGGUCAUUCAGGAUCUUCGCGGGGUUAUAGACGUACGCAUGGGCUUGCACCACCCAGGGGCAAAAUGAGGAAGGCAGUAUCUUGUAACACCCUGAUGACGAGCUCAGCUGAUGGCAAGGCCCUGGCCUAUGGAGGUAUCACCCACCGCAGACCACCAAGUCCAGAUUUAUACAACAGAGGAAGGAGGUCUAAGGCCACGACGGAGAGUAGCGAUACUGGCUCUAAUACCGGCUCUAACACAGGCUCAGACUACGCAGGGCCCAAGUUGUUUGUGAAGCCCAGCUCCAAGUCGAACCGACACAUCAUUAUCAACGCCAUCAGCCAUUGCUGUUUGGCUGGCUGUGUCAACUCGGAAUUGAAGGCCAAGGUUUUAGAGGAGAUGGCCAAGUCUGAUGCGAAGCACUUCAUCAUCUUGUUCCGAGACCACAGUUGUCAGUACCGCAGUGUAUAUGAGUACUACCCUGAGACAGAGGAUAUCUACAAGAUACACGGGAUAGGACCCAAACAGAUCACAAACAAAAUGAUAGAGAAGUUUUACAAGUACAACUCUGGUACAAAAGGAUUUUCAGAGAUUUCUUCCACAAAACAUAUUUCUGUAUCUAUAGACGCUGUUGCUAUACAAAGUGCUUUAUGGAAACCGGGGAAGGGCGCAGGGAAAAAAUGACAGACCAUUUGCUUUAUUAAAUUAUUAGGUGACAAGCGUUAUACUAGUCUAGUUUUGACUGGCUGUUGUCGCUCACACUUCAGGAACUUGUGGGAUGUGUUGCUGAAUUUUUGUGUUCAUCGCUGGAAAUUUUUAAGUCUACAAAUACUACAGCUUACCUUGUAUAUUCAGAAUCGCAGAAAGUGUACUUGCUCUCAGAGGAUAAUUUUGUGUUUACUGUGUUACAUGUAAAGUGGCCGGCUAUGUUUUACCAAAACGAGUGUCAGAUUUAUAGAACUAGUGCUACCAAAGCUAUAUAUUUGGGUACAAGGAAUGCUAAAAAGAGAUUUUAGGAUAAUUGAAUUAUAAUUAAGGACUUAAAAUUGAAAAUAAAAUUGUAAAUAAAUUGAAAAUAAAAUUAGAAAAAAAAAAGUAACAGACACUGUGUAACUUUACUAGCUGUCAAUCAACAGAGAUAUAUGUGAGGCAUGAAGUUGAGUCCCAAUCCUGGACUCCAAAUUUUGAUUUGGACUUUCGUUUCAUUGAAAUUUUCUCUUUAUAUACAUCCAUUCAAUAUGGUAUAUUGAAAUCAUUUCCAGAUAUUUGAUUUGGACGAAAAAGUGUGAUCUUGGAAUUAUCUUGGUUGGGUAAUAUAGUUAUAUGGGCCCCGCUUUGAGAUGUGGGUGCCCUAUAAUAAUCAGUUUGUUAGUCAUUGAAAUCCCCCAUUAAACUGCAGGUAAUUUCAACAGUUAUACUGUGUAUUUGUUUGUAUCUAUUGUGGAUGUUCUACAAGGGUAUCAUCAUCUGUUCAGCAUUGAAAGCCAAAUCAUUUUGAUAAAACAGGGACCAAAAAUCCUUAAAAUGUGUCGCCUACAAGUGAUUAAAGUCAAUGGAGUAUAAAUCAGUCAUUUUAGAGAAAAAAAACUCUUUUAAUAGGUGAUUGAAACUUCUUACUUUUGUUAGUUUUUAGUUUUGCCUAGUGUUUUGUAUUCAGUUAAUUGUAUUACUUUGGUUUAGAUUUAAAAAAUAAUCCAGAUGGCAGUAUAUUGUCACAUGUUGUCCAGUGUCCUAAUUAAAGAAAAUUAAUUGGUAUUCAGAAUUAGUCAUGUUAAAUAUAUAUUAUCCAAUCUUCACAUCCUGAUGUCAAAUCAUUUAAGAUACUUGUCCACAGCAUUUCUUUAAUCUCACAUCCGAACGUGUUUGUCCAAGAUUUGCAUUCAUAAUGAUAUAUAUAAAUCUUUGCAUUUGAUGUAUCUCCAAAAUGUCUUUUGAUUAUUUACACCAAAGUUAUGAUCAAAUUCGAGAUACUGUCUUUGGGUAACAUUCAUAGUACACUAUCCUUUUGUGACAUUUAAGAAAGUAAUUUGCAUGAAUUCCAUUUGAGGAUAUUUUCCUUGUAUAUUUCUGUGGUGAAUAUAUAAACGGUUUAUUACUUAAGACUAUAAUGAUAUACUGCUAGUCCCGGAAGUUUGUAAAUAUACAAAGAUUGUUGUACCUUGAAAAGAUUUUUGUAUCAAAGUGGGAACAAGUUUCUGUGUUAAUGUCAGUGUUACUCUGAAUAAUAAUGGAAAUGUUCUUGUUAUGCAAAUAAGCCUACAUGUUGCGAAAACAUCAUUUUUGUGAUCAUUUAAAAUGUUUAACGCUGCGUUUAGUAUGUUGUUUGAUAUUAAGGAGGAUGUAUCACAACUCAUGUUCUGAAUUUAAAUUCCUCGUUAACUGUUGGCCAAACUUUGAACCAAUCCACAAAGAGCUGUGAUGUCACAUGUCAUUUCAUGUAUCCAUUAAGGUAUUUGUAGCAGAGCUUAAACAAAAGGUAGUGCUUCUUAAAUACUAAAUAUUAUUUGUUCAUUGAUCCAUUCACAAAUAAAUUUGUGGAGACAUAUUUUAAGCAUAUGUAAAUGACUCUGAAACAUAGGUUAAGUUUGACCACUUCCGUAAUGUCUGAUGAAGAAAAUAUGGCUGAUCAUUGGCAAAACGUAUAACUGGGGCGAAAAAUAAGGUACUUUCUGACUUGUUUGACAAAUUCCUGUUUUCUCACCUUGCCCUGAUGAGUCAUAUAGCUGUCAAAAGAAACAACUUUAGUGAAGAAGAUGGAGAAACCUGAGCUCCACAAUAAUAAUUUUAUUUUGCCUUGGUUAUUCAUCAGAAUUCAAUUCAUGCAGUAUGUCUUGUGAGGAAGGAACCAACAUGUGCAGCAAAAUACAGUUCAGUCCAAUAUAAUGUUAGUGAAGUUUAACAUUUGUUUUAGCAGGGUCAGUAAAACAGUGGGAACAUUGUUGCGCAUGUGUGUAAUAAUAUUACAAAUUUUUACUAUAAAAUGUAUAUUUUCAUCCCAACAAAUUUGAUCCCUCUGUCUGGCCUUUUUAAAACAAGUUUAUCCUACAUAUGAAUUCGCCCAUGUAUACAUUAAUACCAGUAUCCUACAUGCAUAUAUAUACAGAAGAUUUUACAACCGUUGUUUAAGUUGCCAUUUUGUUCAAGAGAUAGUGUCACUAGUAUUGAGUCAAAAUGAUUUAUUUUUGGGAAUUUAUGUAUUACUUAGUUUAAUCUUCAUAGACAGCUUUACCAUCCCACAUUUUUGUUCUGAUAAAUAUACAAGUUCAUACAUUUAAUGAUAAAUUAGUGACAGCUCUCCUGUACCGGAUCAAUAUCCUCUACACUAACGUAAUAGUUUCGUUAUUAAAUAAUAAGUUUAUUGUAACGAAACAACAGUUCAUAUAUCCGCUUUGAAAUGAUAUAAGACAGCAGUACGAAAUGCUCUAGAAUUAGGCUACGUGACCACCUUAUAUGUAGUUGUAACAACCAGUAUAUAAAUACCACAAUGAAGUAGAACUCAAAUUUAGUAAAAUACCCUUCCUGUCUUGAACAUGUUAUUUAUUCCAAGCCGCAUUGGAAAAUGGAGCCUAAUAUAAGGCACCUGUCUCGGUGUGAAAUGUAACUGUAAUCUACAUGUAUUGUGUAUUGAGUGAAUGUGAAAGUCACUCAAAUGUGCUACAAGUGAGAAUUUGAUGAAAUUUUGGUUACAGAACAGUUUGAUGUGUCAAGUACAGUAGCAUUAGCCUACAUAACCACCCGAUAUAUUGUUAUGUGUUGUAAGUUUGGUUAAAAGACGCUGCAGUGUUCUCUUUAUAAAAGUCAAGCUUUCUCUGCUCUGCUGUGACCAUUUGGAGACUUUGGUAAACACUGUACAUUGAAUACAGCAGAUCCUGUGAUGUUGAGCUAGUCAAUUAUUCCUCCUAACUCAAAACUCCAAAUGAUAAUUCUGUCCUGACCAACAUAUGAUCCAUUUAUAUUUCCUUUCAAAAAUUAAUAGAUUUUUUUCCUGCCCAUGACAAGUUCAGGUUAAGGAUAUAUGCUACCUGGAAUAUUACACCUGUGAUUUGUGCUAGAGUUGUCUCCCUGAAGAAUACAUGUGAACUGAAAUAUUACACCUGUGAUUUGUGUUAGAGUUAUCUCCCUGAAGAUUAGAUGUGAACUGAAAUAUUACACCUGUGAUUUGUGCUAGAGUUAUCUCCAUUAAGAAUGCAUACUACCUUAAAAGUUAUACCGGUCCUGUGAUUUGUGUUCUCUGUUAAGGAUACACUUGCAUGCUACCUGAAAUAUUAUACCUGCAAUUUGUUUUUAGAGUCUUAGAAUUACCUCCCCUUUGUGAAAAAGUACACCCCUGUCAUUUGUCAAUAUGUUUUCUCCUUUAAGAAAUUGUUCUCCAUUAUCUUAUAAUUCCAAGUAGUGUUCUGGUGUCUUGUAACAUGGCUCACACAUAAUCUGCAAACUCAGUUACCCUAUGUUACUUGGCAGAAAUCUUUGCUAUUUUUAUCAGAACACAAGUUUUUGGUGUUUUUAAAAUGUUGAUAAUUGAAACUACAUGUAUUGAACCUUUAAUUGCCCUAUAACACUGAUGCAGCAUGAAUGGGUAAAGUUCACUUCCACACAACUCAGAAAUAAUCUGUCAUUUGUUACUUUACUACCUCUCAUUUCCCCGGCUUAUACCACAUUAAUAUGAGAAAAAUUACUGUUUACAUAUGUGUCACUGUGGCGUAGCCCUAAUAUCCCUGUGGACUAUACAACUGAACUGUCACGUAGCCCUAAUAUCUCUGUGGACUAUACAGCUGAACUGUCACGUAGCCCUAAUAUCCCUGUGGACUAUACAACUGAACUGUCACGUAGCCCUAAUAUCUCUGUGGACUAUACAGCUGAACUGUCACGUAGCCCUAAUAUCCCUGUGGACUAUACAACUGAACUGUCACGUAGCCCUAAUAUCUCUGUGGACUAUACAGCUGAACUGUCACGUAGCCCAAAUAUCUCUGUGGAUUUUACUGUUAUUCCUUCACCACAUGGCAUUUAUAACCUCCUGUGUUCAAUCAAGGGAUAUUUUACAUGCUUUUUCUGCUUUAUUGAUAUUUAAAACUUGAUAUGUGCGAUGAAAACCUACCUGAACGAUAAAUAAAAAGCUAGACUAAACCUCGACUGUAAGGCGCUUAUAAUGCAGUGAAAGGAAUAGUGAUGGAAUUAUUUUCCAUGGUAUUGUUCUAACAGCAAGUCACCUAGCUUUGUUAUGUUGCAUAUCACGAUUUGCUCUAUAGAAAGGGAGUCGGUAUUAUCAUGUUUCUAUGCAUGGCUUUCUGAUAUAUAAGAAACUUGUACAGAAAUAUGUAAAAAAAUAUUUGUCUGAAAUAACAUGAAAAUUCUUCAUAAUUCCAGUCGUUAUUUUCCUUGGUGUGGUACUUAAUAUAAUUUUUCCAGGUCAAUAGAUUUUAAUUUCAACAUGUUCGUAAAAUUGUAAAAUUAUAGAAAAUUAUCACAGCCCAAUUAACAGUUCAUAUUUUUACAUUACAAGCACUGAUGAUGGAUUAUCUCCCCUUGAUUAUAAAAAUAUGAGGAGAUAUGUUUCUUUCUUUUAUCUUCGAUUACUAUAAGGUACUUAUGUACAUUUGUAUUUGCAAGAUAUGAAUUUUCAUUUUCGUUCACAAGACAAUCUAUAAAAAAUCCAUUUUUAUUUCACUAAUGAUAUACCGGUACCAGUCUGGUUUUAACUCAUUCACCCCUGAAAUUUCAUAAUGAACUAUUCCAACCUCUGAUUUGGAAGAGUUCAAAUGUGUCUUCAGGGGUGAAAGAGUUAAUUCAAAAACAACUUAUGUAUGGUUGUGUUCUUUUUGCAUGAUUGCAUGAUAGGCAAGCAUUUAGAAAACUAAAAGAAUAUGUAGAAUAUCUUAAUUUUAAACCUUUUUACAAUCAUUGUCUAUUGAUUUAGAAUUACUUUUAGUAAAUCAAUGUAUACCGCCCAUACAUUUUUGGAUAUUAUUAACAAAUGUCAUCAACAUACCAACAAGAGAGCUAUAUUUUGUAUGUUUCUUGAUGUGCAACUCUUUUGAAAGAAGGAGGCAGUAAAGUAGCAUAUAUCUUUUACUUAUUUACCCCUGAAAAUUUAUAAUGAACUAUUCUAACCUUUGGAUUGGAAAAGUUCAAAUGUGUUUUCAGGGGUGAAUAAGUUCAAUCAACCGAUAGGAGUUCCUGGAGAUUUUAUGUGUAAAUACACUGUGUGAAAGAUUGUUGCUUAUAGUGCUGAAUGAAAUAUAAAAAAAUAUAUAUAUACAACUGUCACUAUACUGUACAAAUGUCUCUGUUGCGUACAAAUGUCUGUGUUGCUGUUUAUCAGACAUUACACAAUCUGUCCACAUCUUUGAGUAUCACAAUAUAUUUUUUUUUUUUAUUUUUUUUUUAUAUAUUGCUUGACAAAUUGAGAGUCGACAUUGAAUACUGCCAUUACUUGCUCAACUUUAAAUUGAAGGUACUGGACUUUGAACACAAUAUUUUAACAUAAAUAUGAUUUACAGGUGCACGUGAACAAACCUUAAGGUGCAUUCGAUUGCAGUAAUCUCAAAAAUAUUGUGUUCUGAAGUUACAACAAUGAGUUUUGAGUGCUGUGAUACAUUUGUUCAAUUACUCCUAAAAUUUGUCUUUCCAGACCUUUUUUCUGCAAUUCAAAACUACCUGACUUAUUAAACAAGGUUCUAAAGAUAAUAAGUUUUUCAUAUAUUUGUCAUCAGAAAACAUUUUGAAGGUUAUUUUUAUGCUAUGUUUCAUUGUAAAUUUUUCUGAUGUUUUUGGUGAUCGUUCUAAUUUAUAUAGAUAUUCCUCGUGUCUCUGCUAUGAGUUACAUUAAGGACUAGAUUAUUGGUCCAGUUCUCUACCAAUUGAUCUGAAGAGAAAUUCUUUCUAGUCAGUAACAAGCAACUAGAUUGUACACUCCAUGACAUACACUAUAACCUCUUUGGAGAGAUCUCGUCCUUGAGACUUUCGAGUCCAACCCUAUUAAGUUACAUGUACAUGGUACCUAGGUCCCCAUAUUGGAGACAGUAUCUAUAAAUGAGAUCACUAUUUUACUAACUUACACCAGAAUCUUAGCCGGCAUACAUGUAACAUAUUGCUAGUCUAGUGCUCUAUUGAUUAAGGUAAUAAAGGAAAACUCUUUGCUAACUUGUUGGUAACAAGAGACUUGAUGGUUCACACAUGUGACAUUUUGAAUCAUUGGAAUUAAAACAAAAUUACAACUUUGUCAUUUACAAUGAAAACAACAGAAUUUUCAAUGUU